AUGACAGAUUCUUCGGUGCCCAAGACCCAAAUCUUGGUCACUGAUAUCCCACAUCAAGAAUUCUCGGAUGGGUGGCCACAACAAUUGCAAAAACAGCUUUUUGAAGACAAAUUCCCAGAAUUGAAAUGUCGCUGCCAGUAUUACACUCCCCUGGCCUUUUUGAACCGUGUAGUGCUUAUCUUCGAUGAGGAACAAGCUACGUUAACGAUUUACGAUUAUUUGCUGCAAGAGCUUGGAACCAAAAAACCGAUCAAGGUUUACCUUACAGAAUCUUUGUUGACCAGGCCUCGUUCCAAGUCACACGAUUCGAGUACCACGGAUGAAGUGGAUUUCCAAACCUUCAAAAGACCACAGUUGUCCCUCGACACUCAGAACACUACCGGCUCUUCCUCUUCGCUUUCUCCCGACAAAGCCGCAACACAUAUACCUACGCCAAUGAAGUUUCCCGAAGAUGGGAAAAUCCAUUAUUAUCAGGAACCUUUGCCCAAACCGGAACAUAAAGAGGAGGAGAGUAAAGAUCAACACGGCACCAAGCUACUGUAUCCGUCCCGUAUUUCUCCCACACCCACUAAUACAGGUCAAAGUCCGGAAAGCGCACUGUCAACUCCUGCAAGUCCAUCCAUUACGCUCAACGAAUUCAAAACCUAG